AUGGGUAAAGAGAUGAAAGGUUAUUUCGUGGGCCCGAUGCCAGUCGGGGAAUUUCUCGAGGAGUUCCUCCCGACUUCUCAAAUACCCGAUUAUGACCCUUCGUCCUUCAAUUCAGCCCUCGCUGCUGGCGCAUUCAGCGAUGUUCUCUCUGUUAAAAAUGAGGAGUGUGCUUACACACCCUUUAUUGACGCCAUCAAACCUUUCGCUCCUCAAUUGUCGUUUGCCGACACUCAUAAUCACGCGGACACGCAGAACUGCUCGAAAAUAAAUUCGGCAGUAUUCAACAUCAAGCCAGACAUCUGCGUGUAUCCCGAUGGAUAUGAACCUUCAUCGCACAACUGCGAUAUUUCCGCAACAGAAAUCAUUAUUGAAUUCAAAUGGUCAUACUCCCACGACGCAUUCUGCGAACCUUCUGGAGCUGAUAGUGUUAUAUCCCAGACAGAGAAGGGUAUGGACACAUUGGGACAACUAACGAGCUAUACUGCAGCUCAGCUUGGCACCCAAUUCCGUACUCAUGCAUUCUCUGUCCUGAUUGUGCGUGAUCGCGCUCGCAUCAUCAGAUGGGAUAGGGAGGGAGCUAUUGUCACCAGUGCCAUCAAUUACAAUAAUGAGCCAGGCUUGGCUGACUUCUUUCAUCGUUAUGCACGGACAUCACCUGAAAUGCGUGGUGUCGAUACUUCUGUAACGCUUGCUAGUGACAAGCAGGCUGACCUCGCAAGGUCACAGCUCAAUAUUCCCAGUACCACUCGCAUGUUCAAAGUCGAAGUCCCUAAUGUCGAGGGCUCUGGCUCGCUCACAUUGAUCAUUCCCCAACCCAUUACCAAACCUCAUUUGCCUGUUGGCCGCUGGACACGCACGUGUCCUGCAUUUGACCUUGUCAACAAGAAGCUCGUAAUGUUCAAGGACUCUUGGCGGGUAUCAUUACCCGAUGUCUUACCAGAAGGCGAGACUUACAAAUUAUUGAAGUCGCAUAAGGUUUCUAAUAUCGCAAACUGCAUUGCAUAUCAUGAUGUACCCCCCUCUAUCCCUCAGCAAUCCACUCAAACUGCUAAGUUCGGACAUGCUGAAUGGGCAAGUCCCCACUUACCUCUCACUCCACACACUCUUCACCGUCUGGUUCUCGAUAUUGUGGGCAAACAAUUGACUGACUUUGAGAGUUCUCGUCAAUUUAUUCUAUCCGUGCGUGAUGCACUGAUCGCUCACAAGGACGCAUUUGAACUUGCAAAUGUGUUACAUCAAGACCUUAGUGUUGGAAAUGUCGUCAUCUACAAAGGGAAGGGCUACCUUAUUGAUUGGGACCUAGCAAAGCUAGUCAACAUUCAGGGUCCCCAACAAACAACAUGCACGGGUACUUGGCAAUUUAUGUCUGCCUACCUCGUCGAGCAUAGCUAUGCCAUACACACGGUCAAGGAUGACCUCGAGUCCAGUUUUUAUGUCAUUCUGUGGACAGCUCUUAUGUACAAGGAGACCUACAUAGACAUUGUCCACCGGACAAAACUCAUAACACAGGUCUUCGAAACCGAUCCUGGAUCAUCCUCAAAAGCGCAUUGGCUCAUCGGGAGAACCAACCUUCCGCAUGUGUUGUUUGUCGACUGCAAACCACUCGACAAUCUCAUCCACACACUUGCCGAGUUUUUCUCGCAUCGGUACACGCAGAUCUCCGACCAUCAGCAGGUGGUAUUUAACAACUUCCAGCUUGCAUUUGAGCAACCGAUGACAGAAGGCUCUGUCGUAACAGAGCAAAUGUUGAAGGCUGCACAUGCAUUCAUGGCGGACUCCCCUGUUUAUAAGAAGGAGAUGGGUAUGAAGGUCCUGCACUCGCACGAUGCUGUCAUAGGCAUUUUCAACAGGCACCUUGAUUUAUCCGGUUGGCCUGUCCAAGACACUGCCGUGCUGCGAAAAACCCUGCAGGAGGAGAAGUACGGGCCAGCCCUAUUGGUCACGAAGUCUCAGUCGCUAUUCGCCUCAGGGGUAGAAGUCACCUCUUUCCCACAACGAUUUAACGAUUAG